AUUAUUUCAACAACAAAAAGCAGUAAUCAAUCCCAAAUUCUUCGUCUUCUUCUUUGUAUUGUUUUUGUUUUCAAUUUCCAGAUUCCAGUUAACACCAACAAUUCUUCUUCUAUUCUGUCAUCCAUCCAUGGUCAUUUCCCAAACAAUCGGCGUAUACAUACACAACACAACAUCAUUCAUUUGAAGCCAAUAAUCACAACUUUAACCCCUUUGUUCUCUUAUCUCCUCAUUUAAUCUCUCCAUACAUGCUCUUGGGAUCCCACCCACUUUGCUUAUUUCUUGACAUUGUCCUGCUUUUUCUGGGCGGUUAUCAUAAUCCGAAUCCAGGUUUUUUCCAGACCCUUUUUUGUUUGGAUUGUGUUAUAUCACAUGUAUUGUUGUUGGGUAUGAUCAAAACUUGGGAUUUUCGCCUUCCUGUCUUGUAUGUAUUCCUUGUCUGAGAUAAAGGCUGCACCUUUACUCUCUUUUUCUUCCUUAGGGUUUUCUUGCCUAUUUUGAUUUCUAGUCAAACCAUUCUUUUCUUCUUCUAAGACACAAGCUUCCUUAUCCUUCUGGCCUCGAGGAGCUUUUGACGGGUUUAGUGAUUAGUUGAAUCCUCUCGCUGUUUUGUUUGGUUCAUAUAAUUGCUUGGUUUAUAUAAUCUAGUUCCAAUUACUGUAAUUUGGUAUACUUUUCAUAGCUUUGUAUGGGCGAAAAUGAGAAUUGGGUGCAGCCAAGUGGCAUUUUUCCCAAUGGCCUGUUGCCCAAUGCAGGUCCAUUGAUUCAUCUACUUGAAUCUGAUAGAUGGUUAAAGGCCGAGGAGAGAACUGCAGAGCUUAUUUCUCGUAUACAGCCCAACCAACCUUCUGAACAACGUAGAAACGCUGUUGCAGACUAUGUGCAACGACUCAUAAUGAAGUGUUUUCCAUGCCAGGUAUUCACUUUUGGAUCGGUGCCCCUCAAGACCUACUUACCUGAUGGAGACAUUGACUUGACAACCUUCACUAACAAUCAAAAUUUAAAAGAUACAUGGGCUACUCAGGUUCGUGAUAUGCUUGAGAGUGAGGAGAAGGAUGAUAAUGCUGAAUUUCGAGUGAAGGAAGUUCAGUACAUCCAGGCUGAAGUCAAGAUAAUCAAGUGUCUUGUGGAGAAUAUUGUAGUAGACAUAUCCUUUAACCAGGUUGGCGGAUUAUGCACCCUUUGCUUCCUUGAGGAGGUUGAUCAUCUGAUAAAUCAGAAUCAUUUAUUCAAGCGCAGCAUUAUACUAAUUAAAGCAUGGUGCUACUAUGAGAGCCGAAUACUCGGUGCUCAUCAUGGGCUUAUAUCAACAUAUGCGUUAGAAACCUUGGUUCUCUAUAUAUUUCACGUUUUUAACAAUUCCUUUGCCGGACCACUCGAGGUGCUUUACCGAUUUCUGGAGUUCUUUAGCAAUUUUGACUGGGAUAAUUUUUGUGUUAGCUUAUGGGGUCCUGUAUCCAUCAGUUCACUUCCAGACGUGACUGCUGAAACUCCUAGAAAAGAUGGAGGAGAGUUGCUUCUGAGCAAAUUGUUUCUUGAUGCUUGUAGCUCUGUCUAUGCUGUUUUCCCGGGUGGUCAGGACAACCAGGGACAGCCAUUUAUUUCAAAGUAUUUUAAUGUAAUCGAUCCUUUACGUGUAAACAACAAUCUUGGACGUAGUGUUAGUAAAGGUAACUUUUACAGGAUACGCAGUGCAUUUGCGCUUGGUGCUAAAAAACUGGCAAGAUUACUUGAGUGCCCCAGUGAAAGCAUAGUUUUGGAACUCAAUCAGUUUUUUAUGAAUACAUGGGAGAGACAUGGCAGUGGUAUUCGGCCUGAUGCACCAGAGGCUAAUAAUAUAUUGAGUUUGAGGUCGCCAACCCCAGGUAAUGUGCCUGGUUCUGUCAAUUCUAAGGAAAGAUUAAGUAGCAACAAAGUGAAGAGUAGUUCCUCUGUUCUGGAUUCUAAGGUUGAGAGAACUAGUUUGUAUGGUGUUUCCUCUCAACAUGGUAACAUUUCCUCAGAUAGCAUAUCUGGGGCCAGCGAUGUGUCUGAAACUUCUCGUGGUGAAAGCCAAAAGCGUCAAGGAAACUUAAAUAGCAAAAGAAUAUCAAAUCAGAUCAUUAGACAAAUUAGUUCAAACCAGGCCACAAGUACUGAUAAAGGUCAAAGAAAUUUGCAAUCUCAACACCUGUUAAAUGAUAUUCAGGGGAGGUUUCUUUUUGCAAGAACUCGCUCAAGUCCUGAACUUACUGACACUUAUGGCGACCUUUAUUCUCAAAGCAGGCAGGCAAGAGUUCCAGAUAAUUCUAAGACCCAGGGGACUGCUACUGAGUCAAGUACUUAUAUUAAUAGUUAUCAGCGGAACAGGAAAAACCCUGAACCUGAUCUUGCACCAAGCCAUAGUGGUCAAUCUGUGAAUGAUGACCCUUCAUCUGUUAGGCAUACCGCAUUUCAUCAAACGCCAGAUCCGGAUGCUUCCUUUAACAGCGCUCCAAGUAAUCAUCAACCCGAAUCAGGAUCCCGAGACAUGGCUGAAGAUCCUUCUACUGCAGUUGGUAUGCAUGAUAUGCAUCAAGAACAACAAGAUAUUGUGAACAUGAUGGCAUCUUCUACCAUUAAUGGUUAUAAUGGCCAGGUUCAUGUGCCACUGAAUUUAGCUGCAGGUCACCUACCUUAUCCAGUCCCGCCUUCCGUGUUGGCUUCAAUUGGGUAUGCUCAGAGAAAUUUUGCUGGAACGCUUCCAGCCAACUUUCCCCUGAUAGAUCAUUCAUUUUCGAGUAUGCAAUUUGCUCAUGGUUUUGUUUCUCCACAAUUAAGCCAUUACUUCUCUGGCAUAAGAUUGCCGACAAACAUAGAAGAUCCUAAUGAUCCAGGUAAUGAGAAUAUUAGCUCUACCGAAAUGAAGCCUGGGGAGGCUGAUCAUGAUUACUGGCAGGAGCGGGAUAUAGGGUCCACUGGAGAUUUUGACUUUGAUAUAGGAAACGUUGAAGUGCUUCGUACAGAUGAUAAACCACAGUCAACCUCUUCUAGUGCUAACUUUAUUCCGUCAUCUCGGUCAAGAGUUCCUGGAAGUUCAACGAGAGGUCAGCAUAAUUAUAGAAAGGAAAAGCAUGGUUCACUGCAGGAUGAUCUUCUAGAUAGUUUCCAGUUUGAACAAAACAGAGAAAGCGAGGUAUAUUCUGAUGAGAGAACAACAAGUUCAAAAUUUUCUUCUGCUGCUCACAGUAGUUCCCUUAUAAGCAAAACUUCUUCUGAGAGUUCCUGGGAGGAACCGUCUCCAAAGGUCAUAAAGUCAACAAGAGAAAAGAGGGGAAAGAAAAUAGUUUCUGAGUCAUCUACUAUGCAUGGAAAAGGUAAGAUCAUGUCCGAACAUGUGUCUGAUCAGCAUGAGGAAAAUAACCAGGAUUGGAAUCGCAAUCGCCAGACAAUCACAAGCAACGAAUUUGCCGAAAGAAGUUCCGAAAUGCAAUCAAUUCCUUCUUUACAUAUGGUGAGGCCUCACAUGCCUGACUAUGAAUCAGCUCAAACAAGUGGUUCUGAGGUGAUGGUCCCCAUGCCUCCCAUGAUCUUUAGUUCUCGGCAAAGAAUGAUGGAGAACUCUGGGGCUGUUCCCUUUGCAUUUUACCCAACUGGGCCUCCAGUGCCAUUUGUUACGGUGCUUCCGGUGUAUAAUGUUCCACCUGAUGCUGGAGCUUCUGCCGCAUCAACAAGUCAUUAUGGCAUGGAAGGUCUUGAGAAUAAUGAUCCUGCUCAGAAAUUUGAUGUAUCAGAAGGACAUGACCAAUCUAUGAAUCCAACUAAUGUAGAUUCGUUACAGAGGAUUGCUAAUACUGACACAUCUAUUGAACAGAAAUCUGACAUUCUCAACAGUGACUUUGCGAGCCAUUGGCAAAAUUUGCAAUUUGGACGACUUUGCCAAAAUCCACGGUCCCCCAGUCCUCUAGCUUAUCCUUCAUCUGUGAUGGUGCCACCCAUGUAUCUUCAGGGACGUGUUCCAUGGGAUGGUCCAGGAAGACCCCUUUCAGGCAAUAUGAAUGGUUUCACUCAGAUCAUGAAUUAUGGACCUCGUCUUGUUCCCGUUUCCCCUAUUCAGCCUGUAUCUGGUAGACCUCCCAAUGUAUAUCAGCGGUAUGGUGAAGAUAUACCUAGAUAUCGUAGUGGUACUGGAACUUAUCUGCCAAAUCCUAAGGUUUCUGGUAGGGAUCGAUAUUCUUCAGGCACUAGAAGGGGAAACUACAGCCAUGACAGAAGUGAAAACAAUGGUGACAGAGAAGGAAACUGGAAUGUUUCAAAAUCACGAGCCCCUGGCCGCAACCACAAUCGCAACCAAAAUGAGAGAUCAAACUCAAGGAUUUACAGACCAGCUGCUGCCGCCAGUGAAAGCCGACCUGAUAGAUCAUGGAAUUCAUACAGGCAUGACACAUUUUCUUCAUACCAGACGCAAAAUGGUCCAUUUUACACCAACUCCCCUCAAGCUGGUCUGCCAAAUGUCACAUAUGGGAUGUAUUCUGUUCCAGCUGUGAACCCUAACGGUAGCGGAUUGUCAUCUAAUGGGCCAACUGGUCAAUCUCUUGUAAUGUUGUAUCCAUAUGAUCACAAUCCAAACUAUGGUCCAGCUGCUGAACAGGUAGAGUUUGGUUCAUUAGGCCAGGUGGGUUUCUCAGGUAUGAACGAACAAUACUCAAGUGAGGCAAGUAGGGAAGCGGAAGCAUUUGACGAACAUAGGUUACAGGGACGGUCUGCACAUUACUCCUCCCCAGAUCAGCCUUCCUCUCCCCAUCAUUUUAGGAGGGUUUGAUUACUCCACCAAUUAAGCGACAAGAGGGCUAUUGGUUGAAAUUAGGGUCUGCAACAAGUGCUUCCCACACUAUUUAUCAGAUUUACAGAUCAUCCUCGACCCUUGCCAGGUUCGAUUUUGUCGUCACCAUGCUAGCAUGUCAAACAAUGUGGGUGGUAUCUGCAUGAUCAUCCCAAGUGUUUGUUUGUGCAAGAUGGCCUUUCCGGCUUGUUCCUGUGUAAACUACUAGUCAUCUAACUGAAAACAGCCCUAUCCGGGACUAGCUAGAUCAGAUUCGGUUUUAUUUUCUUAUUUUGUCGUAGGCUUUACACAUUGUAAAAGUUAAUGGAAGUAGCUCCCAAGAUGAAGAUUUCAAGCUUUUAACAUGUCAUGAUCUGUUAAUUGGCUGGGUGACCUUGCAUUCUUGCAAAGAUCAUGGCAAGAGGGAAUUUUAUAUUACUUGAUAUUGUACCAACUUUGUUAGACGUUAUAAUGUUAACCAAACAUACAGACAUUGACUCUUC